GAAUAAAAGGAGACAUCUGCAGUAGGCCAGUGCAUUGUCAGGGCGUGUCCAGAGCUCUGUCCUCAGGACAAAAGCUACUUAACCUAUAACAGAAUAUUGCACAAACAAUUACUACAAAUUCCUGGAUAAAAGAACAGAACUGUACUUUUACCAUGGACAGAUGACUCCAACAAAGUAAGAAGCAGUUUGAAUAAUCUGGACCAAGUGUGGGAUGGCUGAGAGUGUACCCACAAUGGAUAACUCUGAUGAGGAGGAGUUCUACGAUGCCCCAGAUUACCCCGAGUCAUACGAUGAGGACGGAAAGAUUACUUUACCAACACCACAGUCUGACUACGUUCCUCCACCAGGAGAUGUAACAGUUCUCAGUGCUGACCAGGAGACUGUUUCUCUUGGCUUUUCACUCACUGAGACCUCUGUUAGGUAUAAACUGCAAAUAGAUUACUCCUGUGACACACAGACAGGCAGUUGGAUCAGAGAGGACUCCAGCACUGUGACGGUUGAGGGACUGAAUCCUGGGACUGAGUAUACUUUCAGCAUCAUAAGGAUUGCUGAUAAUGGAAAUCAAAGCAAAGCAACCUCGCUAUCUGUCUUCACAGAGGCCAGCCCUCCUGCAAACAUUACAGUUGACCAGAUAAGCAGUGAGUCGCUGUCUCUGAGUUGGGACCCACCUGCUGGUGAAGUGGAGAGCUACACUGUGACCUGUUGCAGCGAGGGAGAAACUGAACAAGUGAUGACAACAGACGCAAACAACCAGACUUUCAGCAACCUGAAGCCAGGGGUGUGUUACUCCCUGCAGGUUUCUGCACAACUUAGGAAUGGAAGACAAAGCAAGCCAGCUGUAACAGCUGCUACCACAAGUAAGUAACAGAAAUCAUAAUGUCAAUAAAAAAGAAGAAUUGAUUUUCUAAUAAAACCACAGACUUUGGAGCAUUAUACACAUUUCUACCACAACUCUGCAGAAGUUUCCAAAAGACUAUUCAAAUAAAAGAGAUAUAAAUGAAAGUAAUAAAACACUCUGCGUUUUAAUAACCAGUGGAUGUUGGGCAUUGACAAAAGCUAAUGUUGGCCUUUCCCAAAAAAACCUAGGAGGACAUGGCCUCAGCCUACCUGGUAACUUGUAAAAAUUCAUAUGAAUUCCUACUUGUGACAAGGCUGUGGUAAGCAGUACUUGGAAAUAACUUGAUCUAUGUGAUCCUCAAGAUGAGGAAUAGGAACAGCAUCAGUAUCAGUAUCAGUCAAAACAAAAUCUUUCCUCUCUCUCUUCCUGAGCUGCCAGAACAAGGGCUGAACUCCAAGCACUAGAAGUAGACUCUGGGGCUGUCCCUUUUUAUUUUCAUAAUCCAAUCUUAAUCUAGACUUUCGGGGAAAAAAUACAUUCAAACUGUAUAUGACUGAAAUUACUUUUUGUAAUCAAAAUGUACAGUCUGUAACUGCAACAGAGUUUAAAGUAGUUUGCCUUGUGGUCCAGCAGAUGGUGCUCUUAAUAAAAUGUUAAUCAUUUUGACCUAUUGCAUUACAUGCCCUAUUGACCUAUAACUUAACUAAACUAUUAAAUAAAAAUGGAGGAGGACAUUGGCGUGCACAAUCUAU